UUUGUAAUAUACGCAAAGCUCUCUACAAAACACUUGCUUUAAUCAUGUCUAUUCAAAUUUUUGGAUAUUUUUUUGCUUUAAUUGCUUAUCAAGUAGUUGACGCAUAUUCUUCAAUUUUAACAUUCAUGCAAAAACAAUUAAUUCUUUGUGUUUUGAAUUGUCUUUUAUCCUUAAUUGCUUCUAUGGAAGUUCCAGUUUUGUUUGCAGCAAGUACUGAACAUCGCUUGGCAUUGAAAGACGAAUUCAAAUGGUUAUCUAAACUUUUUACUAAAAGUACAACAACCACAACUGCUGUUGAAUUCAUAAACAAGGAUAAUGAACUUAAUAAAAGAAAUAUUCAAAGAAAAAUUUAA